ACAGUUAUAGUCAGUGUGUCCUGUGUCUUCUUUAUACAUUGAUACUGCCAACAAACUGAAUUCUUGUGCGUCUUGGAGAUUUCAUCAGUCUUCGAUAUUGAAUUCAAGUGAGCACACGCUGUAAUCUCUGACGCAGUUACAUCAACGUUGUACAUAUAUCAAUAUCAAUAUAAGCCGGCUUUAUUUCAUUAUUAUGAAUUAAUAAUUUUCGGCAUCAUCAGACAAGGCCUUGAUGCUGAUAUCGAUAUAGAUUUCAAAUUGGUAAAUAGAUAACAGCAACAAAAAAUAACACAAGAUAAAGUUCUCAGCCUAAAAUAAUAAAGAUGUCAUCAUCGUGGUCAUUAAAUUUAACGAGAAUGGUCGAGAGCGUUGGCGAGGGAAUGUCCUGGUCUUUAGAUCAAAUAUCGCAUUUAAACGCAGGACAGGUACUGAUAAAAUUCAUCGACCGGAGUCUUAAUGUUGUCGAAAAAACAGCGCAGUGGAGUUUACCCUACAGUGAAAUUGUUGCCGAGGAGAAUGGAAAAGCAUUCAAAAUUAUGGAGCUGGUUAGACCGUUACCUUGGAUAUUUUUUCUACCAAGUUUAGUAAUUUUACGAAGCUUCAGGUUAACGUGGAAUGUUGGAGCUUGGAUUCUUGGAUACCCUUCAAUUCAACCUAGUGAUAUUGUUAAAUGUCUACAAAAAACAAGAAGACGUUUGCGAGUAAUCAGACUAAAUGGUAGCAAGAGAAUGAGGAAAACGAAUCCUACUUUACGGGACAAAAGUUCACGGAUAAAUGAAGCUAAAAGAAGUUUGUUAAAGUCUAUUCAAAUCACCUUGUCCAGUUUAUCUUGUCUUGAUGCUAGUAAGAUGAAAUCCUCGCCAUCUACGAGGAUUCGUCUGCAUGACUAUCAGGAGAUUGAACCGGCACCGGUUACAGAGCCAUUGACUGCUAACAUGCACGGCGAACCGAAACGCAAGUACUCCGAAGUAAGUUCAGAUUAUUCUCAAACAUCCGAUGAAUCUGAUGCUGAAUAUGAACGUUUCAAAUCUAAACUUGAUCCAAAUGUAUCUGCGUACGAAUCUGAAGAUGAGGAAGACAAAAGCUUCAAAGUUAACGUAGAUGAUAAUGGAAAAUCAGAUGGUUCUGAUGAAGAGAUACCAUCGAAUGACGAAGAAGAAGCUCAAAAAGAACUUGAAGAAUUAAUAGGAGAAGACGAUUCGGCAAAGGGCAUUGUAUAUGCUGUGGGAGACGAUACUGAGCAAAAGUUUAUGGCACAAUAUGAACUCAUGAUGAAAGACAAUUUUUCGGAACAAAAAACAGCAAAACAGCAGUCACCGAAACAAGAAUCACCGAAACAAUAAAAUCAUGCGAACAAAUCGAAGAGAGUAAUAAAAACAUAGCAGAAUCAACUGAUUCGCAAGAAGUUACACCAACUGCCAGUCCUCCGAAACUGAUUCUUAACCAUGGAAAAAAUUAUCGGCAUAAAAGAUCCACUGGAUCUCAGAGUCGUUCAUCAAAUGAACGAGGAAAGAAAAAAUAAUU